GGAGCUAGUUCAGUUACAUGGGCUAUAUGUUUUUUUUUACCCGGAGAGGAGUUUUAUUUAUAUUUUUUUAACGUGGGAAAUGCUGAAGGCAAGAGGGAACGGAUAAUCAACCUUUAACAGUUGAAUUUAGACACAACUAUAUUGCACAAAUCCAUUUUUCUGGACGAAGCCAGCCUAAAUAUUUUGGUUUCAUUUUGUUAAAACACUCCCGGACCAGACUAAAAUUUGAUUAACGCAGAUGCUUCUUAGUUGGGGUGUGGGAAGAGUCUGACUUCAGGGAAAUGGCACUUAAUACACUGAAUUUAGACUACCAAACGUAUAUUUAGACCGAAUCACCAUCUCUUCAAAAUAAAAUGUCCAAUAUGAAGACCUUGUCCUGGUUUGUGUUUGCCCUGGGUAUUCUCCAUGUGGUGGGUGAGGUGAUCUACAAGAGAAUUGGUCUGCCCGUCAAUAUUGAUUGUGGAGUCAAGACCUCUUACAAGGAUGUAGAGUGGAGACAUAAAGCUGUGGGUGGAAGUGAAUCUGUGUCGAUCAUGGGCAUGAAAGUGAAGACUGGCAGCCAGCGAAAAGGAAAUGCUCCCAUGGUUGAAAGGGCGAAAAUGAGAGGGGACAAGCUGGAAAUCUCUGCUCUACAGGGUGGUGACGCCGGAAUUUACAUCUGUAUGGUGGACGGGAAAACGAUGGAUCACAGACUCGACAUUGUCACAGUCAAUGUCCACCCUGCCAAUGUCCUCAUCCAAGGCACCAAUGCUAUCCUCGAGUGCCAGGUGACCGGAGUGGAUCCCUUGCCCAGUGUGGAGUGGGUUAGUCCAGGUGGAAUGGCGGCAGGGGCCCCUGUACGACCUGGCUUUGGGAAUGUCUCUUUCAGCUCUGUGGCCCUGUCAGACACAGGAGAAUGGACUUGUCAGAUUACUCAGAAUGAGAAGAUACACAAAGAGACUCAGACCAUCAAUGUGAAAAGUUUGUUGACUGCUAAGCCCCUCUUGCCGGUGGAGGGCCAAGAUGAUGAGCAGGGGCACAGUGGACCUAACUCUGAUGUAAAAACUGUGACAACUUGCAAUCACUGUACCAAAGGCAGCCAGCAGCCCGUUGAGGGGGUGUCCAUGCUGGGCUUAAGCCUGUGGGUGUGGGUGGCAGUGGGAGCAGGAUGCUUGGUCGUGGUCUUACUCCUGGUGACUAUUGUUCUCCUGUACCACAGGAACAAAAUAAUUAAGAGAAGAGCCCGGAAGGUGAAGAACAUCAGAGAGCCUUUGAAGUCCAACGGCUACUGCCAGUGUAACCGCACACUAGUGGGUCCACCUCGGAGGACACAGAGAGAGAAGCCUUUGGCUGUACCACUGAAACAGUGCUGAUGGAGUGGAGCAUUAUGGGCUGGAACAGGCUUGAUCGACGACACAGGGUGGAUGGAAAAAUGAGAGAGAGAGAGAGAAAAGUAGUCUUAUACAGUUAGAUUGACCCAAGGGAGAGAGAGAGAGGGGGUGAGAUAAUGUAAAUGGGCUUAUGUCUGUUUCAAAAAUAUGAAUGAUGAAAUGAUAUAAACUGAAAAUCACGUGUUGAAGAAAGAAACAAGCAAUGUUAUUCUUACCUAUGUUAUUGAAUGUCAUCAGACGUCUUUCCUGGCAUUGUACGGCCAUCCUCUAAUGCAUUGCAUCUUUGUACUUAGAUAAUACUCAAUGAUUAUUCAUUUUCACACAAAGCCGCAGAUGUAUACCGUACGGUUUUCGAAGGCUUUUGCAAUGAUUCUUGCUGUUAUAUUGUUCAUAGUGGCCUAUUUACAGACGUUACAAUUUUGUCAACUUUAUGGCUACUUUUUUUUUUAAAUACCUGCUUGUUAAGUUAUGAAUUGAUAUGCCUGUUCAGUUCAUGUGUUUUCUUGUUGAAGGGAAUGAAGAUCAUAAUAACCAAUAAAGCAUAUUUUUUGGA